AUGGACCCAUUAAAGUAUCUCUUUGAGAAACCUACUUUGAGUGGAAGGUUGUCAAGAUGGCUGAUCUUGUUGGCAAAAUUUGAUUUGAAUUAUAUGACUAGGAAAACUAUCAAAGGAAACGUUGUGUCAGAUUUCUGUGUUGAGAAUCCUAUUGAGGGGGAAGAUGGUAAAGAAAACUUUCCAGAUGAGGACAUUUUGGAUGUUAAGUUAGGGACAUGGAAGAUGUACUUUGACGGAGCUGUAAACCAAUAUGGAAAUGGGAUAGGAAUACUCUUGAUCACUCCCGAGGGAUCUCAGAUACCUUUGGCAAUCGAGUUGAACUUUGAAGCAACUAAUAACAUGAUUGAAUAUGAGGCUUAUAUUGCUGGAAUGGAAGCUCUUCGAGAAUUGGGGAUAAAGGAGGCCAAAAUCUUUGGAGAUUCAACUUUGGUUAUUGCCCAAGCACAAAAGUUGUGGAAGGUGAAGGAGGAACAUUUGAAGCCUUAUCAACAAUACUUGGAGGACUUAACUGAGACCUUUGACAAAAUUGAAUACAUAAUCAUCCAUAGAGCUCAAAAUCAAUUUGUGGAUGCCUUAGCUACCUUAGCCUCCAUAGUUGAGAUACUUGAGGGAGUGUGCACACGACCUUUGGAGAUUGAGCAAAGUUAUGAAGAAGUGCAUAAAAAGAAGACUGAAACUUCAGUAAUGACCAUAGGGGAAGAGGAAGUUCCGUGGUACUAUGACAUCAUGAAGUUCUUGGAACUAGGAGCAUAUUCGGAUGGUGCCGAUAAGAGAGAAUGUUGUUCCAUUAGGAUGAUGGCAACACAAUACAUCCUAUGUGGAGGACAACUCUAUAGAAGAUCCUAUGAUGGCAUACACCUUCGUUGUUUGAAGAAAGGAGAAGCUGAAAGAGUAAUGGAAGAAGUUCAUCAAGAGAUUUGUGGUCCUCAUAUGAAUGGGAGAAUGUUAGCCAAGAAAAUUCUAAGGAUAGGGUACUAUUGGAAUACAAUGGAGACUGAUUGUGUGGAUUAUGUGAAGAGUUGCAAUGAUUGUUAG